CAGAGGACGCGCUAGCAGCGUUAGCUCUGUGGAUGUGUGAUGACAGCUUGAAGACGGUGGUGUGGUCGUAUCUCAGCUAAAUAUUCCAGCUGUAACGAAGCAGCGAUGUCUUCUCUUCAGUAUCUGAGAGAGUUCGUCAACGAGCGACUAACUGCUGCUGCUGAAGAAAUAUUCGGAGUCUUUGAGAAAACCGUCGUCCAGUACGAGGAAGAGGUCGGUCGUCAGCGCAGACUGCUGGAUAUCGUUUUAAAACCGGAUGUAAAGUUACACAGGACAGAGCUCCCACAGCAACAUUUCUGUCAGGACGAGGAGGACGAGGAGGACGAGGAGGUUCUCAGUGACCAGCAGCUCUGUGACCAGGAGAGGAACUUCAGCAUGGACGAGGACGACCCAGAACCGCUACAGAUUAAAGAGGAACAGGAGGAAAUCUACACCAGUCAGGAGGGAGAGCAUCUUGUACUGAAGCAGGAGACUGAUACCUUUAUGUGGACUCACAGUAACAAUGAAUACAACUUUCCCAUCUCAAAGCCUGACUCUAAAACUCACACCGGUGAAAAGCCUUUCAAAUGUGAUACUUGUGGAAAAAUGUUUAAGUAUAAGUGUCGAUUGAAUGUUCAUCAGAGAGUCCACACAGGAUCAACCAGACAUAUGAACAGAGGUAAAAAGUCUUUAAAAUGUGACACUUGUGGAAAAACAUUUAAGUAUAAGUGUCGAUUGAAUGUUCAUCAGAGAGUCCACACAAGAUCAACCAGAGAUACACACACGGGUGAAAGGUUUUUCAAAUGUUACAUCUGUGAGAAAGCUUUUAAUCAUAAGUGUCAAUUGAUUGUACAUCUGAGAGUCCACAAAGGUGAGAGGCCAUAUUCUUGCAAAACAUGUGGGAAGUGUCUCGGAAAUAGAGAAGACUGGUUAAUCCACAUGCGAGAACACACAGAUCAGGUCCCAUACACCUGCAACAUAUGUGGGAAAAGAUUUAUUGCCUUGAGAGUAUUAAAAAAGCAUAUCAGGACUCACACGGGUGAGAGGCCGUAUUCUUGUGAAAUUUGUGGGAAGGGUUUUGGAUCUGGUCAUAGCUUGAAAGUCCACAUAAGAACUCACACAGGUGAGAAGCCGUAUUCCUGUGAAACUUGUGGGAAGGGUUUGGGAUCUAGUCAUAACUUGAAAGUCCACAUGAGAACUCACACAGGUGAGAAGCCGUAUUCCUGUGAAACAUGUGGGAAACGUCUUGCUUCUAGGAGUGCCCUUAAAGGCCACAUAAGAACUCACACAGGUGAGAAGCCAUACUCCUGCAACACUUGUGGGAGAAGAUUUAGCCACAUUACAGCAUGGAGAAGACAUAUGAGAGUGCACAUCGGUGAGCAGCAAAUAUUCUUGUGAGACAUGUGUAAAAGGUUUUUCUGACUGUGGUGUCUUGAAAAUCCACAUAAGAACUCACACAGAAGCCGUGCCCCUGCAACACCUGUGGGAAAAGAUUUAGUCAGUCAUUGAAUUUGAAAAAGCAUGCAAGGAUUCAUACAGGUCACAUGCAUAUAAAAGUCGAACAAAACGCAUGCAGGUAUUUUCAGACUAGUGGUUAAUUGACAGCCCACGUGAGAAGAGCCCACGCUUGCAGAAAGUCACAUAACUAUACCUGAGGGAAAGGACACUGGACAUGUCUCAGUCGGGAAGGCAUAGGAGUCCACAUCCAGGCAGUUUAUCUUCUGUUUGCAAAAUGUGUGGGAGAGCAUCUGUUUGCUGUUGUUCCUGGAGAAAACACUGUAUAAUGUCUUUGUCACUUCCCAACACGGGGAAACACACAAUGAUGAAACUUGGGUGGAGAAGAAUUCCCCAACUGAAUGAAACAAAGUCUCAAUAGUUUCAUCUUUAUAAUUGAAUGUAUAAAAUUAGUCACAGUAUUUUUAAAAUAGUUCAUCGUCAGCAAUGACAUUAGGUAUUUUUAAACUAGUGUCAUUUUUGGCUGGACCACAACAGUGGAACACAAAUGUCUGUGACUGACUGACUGAUAGAGUACUGUGGUCAAGUUUUACCAUUGGUUGGCAAAGUGUUGGACUUUUUCCUUUGGCCGAUGCCCUUCUAAAAUGAUUUGGCUCAAACAGUUCUAUUAAGUUAUCAGAGCGAGUAAACAAUGGAUCCACAAUAGUUUUCAACUACUAUAUUUCUUUAGAGAGUGCUGCUGGGUCAUUUUUAUUUUCAUCCUGCCAACUACACUAUUUCCUAUUUUGUCUAGAACGUGUCCUUUUAAUGUUGUAGUUUUGAUGUCAUCAUUAUACAGUUUUUAUUGUGGCUUCAGGCUUCAGUGGUUAAACACAAACACAAGUUGUUUACAUGGAUUUAGGUAAAGUGAUAUAUAAAUAAACGUGUUUACUUGUGAAAGAA